AUGGCUGGGGAUGAGAAACGUGGAUGUGCUGAGAGAGAGAUUGAUGAGUUCAUGAUGGGAGAGGGAAGGGAGCAGCAGCAGCACGCCGAGGAGGGAGUCGAGGAGGAAGGGAGACCGGUCCCAUCGCCACCGCCACUCGGGAGCGGAGGGCUCGUCGUCCAGGAGGCGGACGCCGACCAAGAAGACAGCCGCGCCCAGCUCACAGCCGAGGAUCGUCCAGGCGUGGAGAGAUAUCUUCGGCAGCAAAAAGCCGAGCAGAAGCUACGAGGCCCGGAAGCCUCGCCAGAGGAGCAGGACUGA